UAACAAGUUGCACAGCUGAUUGAUAUGACAAAAUGGUUGGCUGGCCUCGGUGGGGUGUUGGAAAAGUUUGUCAUCAAAAACCUUGACUGGAAAAAUGGAUGGCCCAACUACACAAAUAAUGGCCACAGAAAAUCAUGACGCCGUUAGAGACAUCAAAUGUGAGCUUGACAACGAACUGGAGCAAAAAGAAGUUGGGUCGCAAUAUGUCAUCGGAGGCAGCGGUGGAUCUAGUGCCAGAUAUUCAGAAGCUAACGGGGAUACGUCAAAUGACAGUUGUGCCAGAAUAUCUAACAGUGUCCAUGGUAAUAAUCAUGGUAGUGACGGUAUCUCACACAGUCAUCCAGAUAGUUCAAACUCUUUUGGUGAUACGUUAAACACAAGUGGCCUUGACAGUACUACUCUCAAGUUAAAAGAAAUCAUAGAAGACACAAUCAGUUCUAGCUCAAAACAGACUGUGAUGAAAAUUUUGGACCAAGUUAACCAACUUUCUACUGCUGAAAAGCUUUUUCUAUACCUUAAACUGCCUACGGGGAAGAAUGAAAAUGUGGACCCAUUAAGACAACCUUUAAAUCCUCUUGGGAGCCGUUUUGAAAUCCAUCAGACAAUAACAUGGAUUAAAACUCAUUUAGAAGAGGAUCAAGAUGUUUCCUUACCAAAGCAAGAUGUCUAUGAUGAGUACAUUGCUUACUGCAACAGUAAUAUGAUGAAACCUCUCUCUACUGCUGAUUUUGGAAAAGUUAUGAAACAAGUAUUUCCUCAUGUACGACCACGACGACUGGGAACAAGAGGCAAUUCACGGUACUGUUAUGCCGGUAUGCGGAAAAGGGUUAAAUUGGAGACACCACUUCUGCCUGAUGUUGGGGAACCAAAGAAGACUCCAGUCCAUUGCUCUGAAGGUGAAGUUAUGUCAGCUGCAUCAUGCUUAAUUCGUGAGUGGGCCGAAAAACUUCUUGGCGUCCGUUUUGAUAAUCUGCGAGAUCUUGCCUGUCAUUUGGUGGAAAAGAUGUGUGUGGACUCGCGAUCUGUAGCUGCAUUCACUCUUCUUUCAACAUCUGGUCAUCUGCAAAAGCGUGACAACAAAGAGACAACACCACCACUGGGGCUGGCAGUACAGUACACCAGCAAACACAAAGAAGCUCAGCUGCAGCUACAAAGAAAGCUUCAGGAGCGGGAGGUCAUCCGAGAACAGAAAAGGAAACUACAGGAUCAUCAGCAGACAACAGCUGUCCUGAAGAACCUCUCAUCUGAAAGACUGAAGUCGAAAAGAGCUAAAAUAUCUCAGCACAACAGCAUGAACAAUCUGCAUAGUUCGAAAGGCCUUGUGCACAUUAAGGAUUUAAAUACUACACUUACGAAUACAUAUACUCAGGGAAAGCGUUCACCACCGAUGGCAAUAGAAACACCUAUUUCGUCGGAAGUUGUUCAUUCUGUCUGUGAUAAAACUCUUACUUCCGUGCCUAGCUCACUUGGUAAUUGUACAUCAUCUUCCAUGGUGUUCAAAAGUGACACAACAGAUAACAGUAGGGGUCUCUCCAAUGAAGUCAACUCUACCAGUGCUUUUCUUAGUCUGAAGGAAGACUCCACUAAUGCUGGAAACUGUGUGCCAAGUGAAAAGGUGCAUUUGUUGAGUGUAAUAAGCAGAAAAAGUGAUAUUGAAGGUAUGAGUGAUAGUACUGUUCCAGUUAAGGACACAGUAAUGUAUGAGAGCGAGAAUGCUGCUGCUGUAGCUGGUAAGUCUGACCAGACAAACUAUAAUGCGAACUUUCAAACUAGAGCCAGAAGUGUUGACUUCAGUAUUGCCAACUCUUCAGAUGAUGCAUUGUCUACAGCAGAGGGUAUGGCAGUUAAGCCUGUGAGUGAGUGUGGCUUAGACAUAAAUAUGCAGCUUAACUUAGGAACUCCUCUUGACAGUACUAAUAAACAUAAUGUAAAUAAUCUAAAUAACUUGAGUACAAAUAAAUGUUUAUCUGCCUUCUCUCCUGUCCAGGACUUAACUCCUGGAACGAUUAUUAAUGAUGUCAAAACUAAAACUUCUGAAAUAGUUUGUCAUGAUGCUUCUCAGCAGGAUACAUUGAGUAGCAAAAUGCAAAAGCUUCCAAUUCCUAGGAUAAAUAACAUGAAGGUUAAAAAGGCAACUAAUCUGAUAAUAUUUCCCUCAUCAGUGUCUUCAUAUCGGCAGACAGCAAAAAGGUAUAAACACAUACAACCAAAACCAGAAAUAGGAGGCACUGGCAAAUUGAAAUCGGAAAUUGAAUCUAGUCAAGAAGACAAUCAAGAAUUCAUAAAUUCUGGUGUCAGCUUAGGUGUGAUUUCUGGUGAAAGGGCCAAGUUUGACUGCAGUUCAUUGAAAAACUCUCAUUUUACAACAAUAAAAAAUGUCCCAGCUGCCUCAGAAAGCAAUAAAAGUGACACGUCAGAGAAUGUAAAUGUGCGCGAAGUAAGUAUAGAACAUCUAGAGAAAGAUGCAUUCAGAGAAUAUUAUCAUGAUGGAAAUAAUUCACAAGAGCAGGAGGAAGAACUAAUGAAGUAUUUCCAAAACCAAGACAGCUCACCUGCCAAUGAAGAAGCCACAACACAUGCUCCUAUUCGAAGGCAUUCAUCUGCAGAAGUUCAGAGCAAUACAUUAUUUUCUGAAUCAGCUGGAAGUAAAUCGGAUAAACUUUCACAGCUACGGCUGCUCCUAGAGCGUAAUCUAAAUCCUGCAACUUCCUGUAGUAGGUCAAAGUUCUUAAAAUCAGAAGAUCAAGUGCAGAUAUCUGAUAGUGUGUCAGAUUCCUCUGUAAUGCAGUCAUCACGCCUGUCAGCAGAUAGUAUAGCGAGCAGCAGGAACACUUGUGAUGAAGAAUGUUUUAUGAGGAAAUCUGCAUUCCCUUUUGGAGGCAGUUCUUCAGCAUCAGAAAGUCUUGUACUUUUAUCACAACGAAGCCAACAGUUAAAUAGUCCUAAGAAGCCUUCUGCCCUUUUGCCUUCUCUUCUGAAUAACUGCGUGUCUGGUCUCAGUGCUAGAAGGAGAGUCAGUUUUGAAACACCAGCAGUGGAAGACAGUCAUGAAAGCACACGUCAUAUUGCUGUACCUCCUAGUCCCAAUACAAGGCGACGUAUUUUUAGUUUCACACCAAUAUCUCCUGGUCCCCAUUCCCCAAACAACACACAACAGAAGUCAUCAAAGCCAUCCAGUGCAAAUGCUAGCCCAUUUGUGUCCCCACGAAACACCCCUAUUCCACGUUCAAGGCAAAACAUUAGCCAUGUAAGUGCACAGUUGUGUUUGAACAGUAAUAUUCUGAACAUGUCAAAUCAAAAUAAUCUCUAUCCAUCAUCAUCUAGUCAUCCUAAGCAAUCAGCAAACGCUGCAAGAAUAGUGCGUUCGAAUUCUGUUAAUAGCAGUUCUCCUUCAACCCAAGUUCAUUACCCAGCUCCAAGACCACGAGCCCUUUCCACAACUACUUCUUUCCUUCAUGCAACUGUACAGUGUGAUGCACCUGCAACAGGAGAUAAGCACAGUGAAACCAAUAGCCAUUUCAAUGCUGGCAGCAGUGCUGGGACCAGUGAAAAUGAAAGGAUAAUUCUGAAUUUUUCUGCUCCCCAUUCACCGAUGUUGAACAUUCCAGCUGCAAAACGUGUAGAAUGUGGUGUCAGGAACACAGUAAGCACCAUAGAUAUUGGUACAAAUUCUGUGAGAAAAAAUAAAGAUAUUCUAGACUUUGAACCCAGUAACACUCUAAAAUGUGAGAAGACACGGAGUGUAAGAGCUAGUAGGAGGUCUGAUGUUAGAUCUUUGAGCACUAUUAGUGGUGAAGGGCCUUCUGGAACACCUCUGUUGACAAAUGGCAAUGUGGUUGAUCCACUGGCACAUGAAGUCAGUCAGUUCUUUUCAGAUGAGCAGCAUUUUGUUCGGAUGCUAGGAAAUUCUCAAGUUCAGUCCAGAUCACAGUCUGUACCUCUGCAUUGCCCAAAUUCUGACAAUACUGCCAUUUCUUCAAUAUCAGCACAGCCUUCACCAUUGUAUCUAGGACAGCAUAAUACAUUCUCCUUUAGUAAUUUUGGAUCAUCAGCUACAAGUUCCGUCACUCCCACACCUGUCCCAAGUGAGUUUACUGAUUUUGCUGUUACAGAAAGUUCAGCACAGUCUUCGAGCCUUUUAAUAGUUGAUGAUGAGCACAAUUCUGAUACCGUUACAGGAGAUUUGAACAGUGAAAAUUUGAACCGCAUCUUUAAUAUGUUGGAUGAUGCUCAAAAUGAUCAUGAAAAUAGACAUUCAGCAAUGGGAAUAUCCAUCAGUAAUGAAAUAAGUGAAUGUGAUCUAGAAUCAGCUUGUCAGAGAGCUCUGCAAAAACCAUCACGUUCUUACCCCAAUACACCAGUACCUUACAAAACUGCAGGAAUAAGGGACCCUGUUGUGACAUCUUUCAGUACCACUGCCAGUGCUUUUGAAUCACACUCAAACUUAACUUCGAGGUCAUACCCGUCAACUCCGCUGAUAGGUAUGCCGGUCUUUGGUACUUCAGAUGACGCACGUCUCCAAAAUGUAAACAGUGGUGAAGAUUCUGUCAAUCAGUUUACAUUAAGCUUGUGUCAAGAACAAAGCACAGCAACUUGUUUUGCAGAAAGAAGGAAUAUGAGUCCUUUGUUAGACCAGAGCACAUUUACUGUAGGAAAUGAUUUGGAGUUGGAUACCCUGGAGGUUUUAGCAGACUGUGACUCAAUUACACAGCUUGUUCAGGAUGUAAGCAAUGUUAAUGCAUCGUCAUCAUCAUCAUGUGAUAUAUAA